AUGCAGCAGCAAGAACGACUGAAUCGGCUCGUCUACUUGGCAAUUCGACGUGUGGUGCCAGAGAAGUUUCUACAUUAUCUGGAUCGAACCGUUGCUCUACCGGCGCGCAAUGAUCACAAUAAGUUUGAUGAGAUCUUUGAAGAUGUUGAAACAAUGGGCGGACGUCGACGACAAGCGCUAAAAUAG